GUUGGAGGGGAGAUGACUGCUGUGAUAAUGCAGCACAUGAAUACCUUUGGUCGCAUGGCUAUCUGUGGAAGUAUCAGUGGUUAUAAUGAUGACCGUGCAAAUAUGCCAAAAGUGCCUCAGUGGACUCUUGUCGUGCUGUCUAAGCAACUUCGUAUUGAAGGCUUCAGUGUUUUGCGUUGGAUGGAUCGAUGGAAUGAAGGAGUGCAACAGAUGGCAGAAUGGGUCAGGGAGGGACGAUUGAAGUAUCGUGAGACGGUGACAGCAGGAUUUGAGAAAACCCCUGAGGCUUUCAUAGGCAUGCUCAAGGGGGAAAACACUGGGAAGGCUGUAGUGAAGGUAAACUUCCAUGGGUGUGAUUAG